GUGACAAGAAAUCUUGGGAUUUUGUGCCUCCUCCUUCCUGGAAAUACUCUAUUGAGAUAGAAAUAAAGACAAAAAGAUAUUGUCAGGGUGUAUGAUUCCAGUGGAUUUGGAAAAGACCCUAGCAAGAGAAAUAGAGAUAGGAAGGAAACUAGGAAAGGGCACUUGGGGUUUGAUUUAUAAGGCCUGGUGUUGCAACCACAUUGGCUCUCUUGAAGCUUGACAUGUAAAUCUCAGAGAGAGACACAGAUAUAUAUCAGAGGGAUUCUCCCUCGCAAAACCUUUCCAUUUUUAUAACCCUUUCCCAGUCUCACAAUCACAAGGGGCCAAGGGGGGUUUCUUUGGAUAAGAAGCCCUCAAACGAAAACUCUCCUACUCUGCAUUUCCUCAACUGGGGUCUCUUUCUCUCUCCCUCUCCCUCUCUUUCUUUCACUCUCCAUUUCCCACUUUCAUUUUCAAAGAUGUUGGAAGGAAAAGCACUCGUUGAUGAUACAGACAUGCCAGUGAAGAUGCAGAUGGAAGCCAUGGCUUGCGCUUCUGAAGCUCUGGAUCUUUAUGACGUGGUCGACAGCAGAUCCAUCGCCGGCCACAUCAAGAAGGAGUUUGACAAGAGAUAUGGAGGUGGAUGGCAAUGUGUGGUUGGUUCAAACUUUGGCUGCUUCUUCACUCACUCUAAAGGCACUUUCAUAUACUUCACAUUGGAGACUCUGAAGUUCCUUAUCUUCAAAGGAGCUUCUUCUUCCUGACGAGGAUGUCUAAUCAAAUCAAUGGAGAAGAAGGAGAAGAAGAAGAAGAUAGGGAAGGAAACAACCCACGUCAUGCGCACAUGGGUUCUUUUUGGAAUUUCCUACGUCUGAGAAAAUGAGUCUUCACCAUGGAACCUUUUGGAAGGAGCUUGUUUGAAAUCAUAAUGCUCCUUUUUCUCUUUGUACAUUCUACUAGAAACCCAGCUGUCAAUUUCCGUUUUCAUCUAAUAAAUUAUAAAGUAAUAUAAAUAUCCAUCAAGCUUAAUGAGAAUCCUGAGUUCAAAACUUACCCCAGGUGGUCAUAUAACUGGGGUGGGAAGUGGUCUGCUGUUGAAAUGUGCCUCCAAGUUAGCAAGCACAAGGUCAGCCAUGGAAUUGCAAGUCUCCACAGUAUCACUCCCCACAUGAGGGAGGAGCAAAACAUUGUCAAGCCGCAACAGUGGGUCAGGUACCUCGGGUUCAUCUUCAUACACAUCGAGCCCAGCACCAGCAAGUCGACCUUCUAGUAAUGCUGAGACGAGCUCAGGCUCAUCCACAUGGGCCCCUCGACCUACAUUGAUCAAGAUGCCUCGUGGCCCUAGUGCAUCGAUAACCUCCCGAUUGACAAUGUGGCGUGUCUCGUCUGUCAAAGAGCAUGCUACGACGAGGAUCGAGCAGUUUUUGGCCAAGUCUACGAUGUUGUCGUAGUAUUUGUAGUGCUUCAAUGGCUUCUGGGUUCUGGAGUGGUAGCUGAUGGAGCAGCCGAAUGCUUGAGCUCUCUUGGCUAUUGCUGAUCCGAUUCGCCCUAGGCCAACUAUUCCAACCGGUUUACUGCUGAACUGAAGAAGGAAACAAGGAAAGGUUACAAUGCCUGCUAGAUCAAGCUCUAGCAAUAGGAACAUAGGAUGGCAUUUGCUUCAAGAUCAAUACAGUUCAAAUGUUGCUCAGUUGGAA